AUGCCUUCAGACUCCGCCAGCCGCAGCCACCUCCAGAGCUCCCCACAGCCCGGCCGGGGGAUGCUCCCCGCGCGGACGCACCAAGCGAGCGGCGCCCGCUGCCUCCACGGAGCGGCCAGCGCUUGCAUAACAUUGCAUCCUGUGAGGAUGAACCUGACGGAGUGGGCUGAGGAGAAGUGGACGGAUCACUCCAAUUCUUCGGCACAACUGCCUCCAUCCUCUUGGGGCAAAAAUGACACCUUUUCCUUCCAAGGGGAUCUGCAGGAGAUAAUCCACACAGCCACCCUGGUCACAUGCACCUUCCUGCUGGCCAUCAUCUUCUGCUUGGGUUCCUACGGCAACCUCAUUGUCUUCUUGUCCUUCUUUGACCCGGCCUUCCGGAAAUUCAGGACCAACUUCGACUUCAUGAUCCUCAACCUCUCCUUCUGUGACCUCUUCAUCUGUGGAGUGACUGCCCCCAUGUUCACCUUUGCUCUCUUCUUGGAUUCUGCAGCUGGUAUUCCUGAUGCUUUCUGCUUCACCUUCCACCUCACCAGUUCUGGCUUCAUCAUCAUGUCCCUCAAGACGGUGGCUGUUAUUGCCCUACACCGGCUACGCAUGGUGUUAGGGAAACAGCCCAAUCGGACCGCCUCUUUCCCUUGCACUCUCUUGCUCACUGUGCUCAUGUGGGCCACGAGCUUCACCCUGGCCACAUUGGCCACCUUAAGGACCCAUAAAUCCCGCCUCUGCCUUCCCAUCUCCAGCCUGGUCAGCGGCGAGGGGAAGAUCAUCCCUUACUUGUACGUCAUUGACUUCAUUUGCUGCGUGACGGUGGUUUCAGUCUCUUACAUUAUGAUCGCCCAGGCCUUGAGGAAAAACUCCCAAGUGCGGAAAUGCCCUCCCAUCAUCACAGUUGAUGCUUCUAGGCCUCAGCCAUUUAUCGACCCACUUGCUGCUGCUGGGUGUGCGGAGGGUGUGCAGUGCAGCGUACCAGCUCUGUACAGAAACCAAAACUACAACAAGCUGCAGCACAUCCAAACUCAUGCGUACACAAAGAACCUUAGCCAGCUCUCUGCGCCUGCCGCCAACAGAUUCCAGCUGGUGUCCACAGUGAAUUUAUCCACAGCCAAGGACUCUAAAGCCGUAGUGACAUGCAUCGUAAUUGUCCUUUCUGUUUUAGUUUGCUGCCUCCCAUUGGGCAUUUCCUUGGUUCAGGAUGUUUUGUCCAGGAACAGUGGCUUUAUCCUCUACCAGUUUGAACUGUGUGGUUUUACACUCAUUUUUUUAAAGUCCGGCUUAAACCCUUUUAUAUAUUCCCGUAACAGUGCUGGGUUAAGGAGAAGGGUCUUUUGGUGCCUCCAGUACCUAGCCCUGGUUUUUUUCUGCUGUAAGCAGAAAACCCGGCUCCGAGCUGUGGGCAAAGGGAGCCUAGAGGCCAACAGAAACAAGUCGUCCCAUCAUGAGACCAACUCCGCUUAUAUGCUCUCUCCGAAGCCUCAGAAAAAGUUUGUGGACCAAGCUUGUGGCCCUAGUCACUCUAAAGAAAGUGUGCUGAGCCCCAAGGCUUCUGUUGGUCAUCAGCACUACGGAGGUCAGAGUAGUUCCACCCCCAUGAACACUCGCAUUGAACCCUAUUAUAGCAUCUACAACAGCUGCCCUUCGCAGGAAGUCAGCUCACCCAACAGCUUGCAGCCCACAAACUCUCCCUUUGGUUUUGCAAAAUCAUACGUUGCCAUGCAUUAUCACACAACAAACGACUUAGUACAGGAUUACGACAGUGCUUCUGCUAAACAGAUCCCAGUUCCCUCGGUGUAG